ACCUCUAUGUGCUCUUACUCUUGUCAAUCCAUGCUUCUAUAGGUUAUCCACAAUCAGAGGAGAAUAUUUGUGUUAAACAUUUUUGUGUGAACAGGGUUUGGUCUGAAAGAGGGGAAUUAUGAUCACUCUUUCACUGGUACCCUUUGUGUCUGGGCUGUGUAUAGGAUUUCUGUCUAUUCAAUACUUUGUUUACUCAGACACCAGCACUGCAAAACCAGCUGUUUUCUCACUGGGUAACUCCAGUGGAGUUCAUAAUGACAAAAGGGUUCCAAGACACAUACACUCAGAUGAGGACAGGAGUGUUGCAGCCAACCUGUCCCAAAAUGUACGACUACUAUGUUGGAUCAUGACUGGGCCUAAGAACCUGGAGUCCAGAACCAAACACAUCCGGGCCACCUGGGGCAAACAAUGCAACAAAGUCCUCUACAUGAGCUCAGUGGAGACAGAAUUCCCCACGGUGGGGCUCAACGUAACUGAGGGACGAGACCAGCUCUACUGGAAGACCAUCAGAGCCUUCCAGUACAUCUACCAACACCAUCGCAACGACUACGACUGGGUCCUCAAAGCCGACGAUGACACGUUCGUGGUCAUCGAGAACCUCCGACACACAUUGUCUAAACAGGACCCGGAGAAGCCUGUAUACUUUGGGAGAAGGUUCCGCCCGUUCGUCCAGCAGGGUUACAUGAGUGGUGGAGCCGGCUAUGUCCUCAGUAAAGAAGCCGUCAGAAGGUUCAUCAAGGGAUUCGACACUGGGAAAUGUUCCCACUUCUCCACCAUAGAAGACAUGGCUCUAGGGAAGUGUAUGGAGACUAUGGGUGUGGAGCCGGGGGACUCCAGAGAUGUGAAGGGAAGGCAGACAUUUCAUCCCUACCCACCAGACAUGUACCUGGUCAAAGAGCCACCCAGAAAACUGCCCUGGUAUCUCUUAUACGACCACUACAAACCAAGAGAGGGCCCAGAUUGUUGUUCAGAUCACAUCGUAUCAUUUCACUACAUCUACCCUGUAGAGAUGUACACGCUGGAAUACUUCACCUAUCAUCUACGGCCCUAUGGAUACACGUACAGGUACAACCCUGAUGCUGUAGCAGCUGAAAUUGAGAGUAACACCACCACACCUGUCUCUGCUUAACACAGAGAUAUCACAGACGGACUACUGCACUGAAGAAAGAACUUAUUACUGUGUCAUGUUUAAAUGCCGAAACAACAGCCUGACAUUGCCACUCUCUUUGGUAAGCUGAGCAAUGAGACUGAGGAAAUGGAGCCACUCUCAAAUUCACUGACAUGGUAGUUUUAAACAUAUUUUGAAGCUAUACAUUGUUUGUUUGCAUAGACAACAAAUACAUGAACAAUAGAGUAAUAUAGUUUUUUUGUGACAGGGGGAGACAGUUGUACUAAGUUGAGUUCUUUCUGUUGAUAGAGUUUCACAUUUCCUUUUUUAAUUUUGUAAAGGUAAAAUGUAAAAAUAUAUAUAUUCUUCAGUCAAGUGUAUAUUUUUUACAACUUACAGUAAAACAGAGGAUAACAUGAUAUUUUGUUAAAAUUCAAAUAGAAGUAUGUACUUAAUGUGUUCUCCAGAUUUCUGGAGGUCUAGUGAAAUAUUAAAUUCAGAUUGUUAGCUAAA